AUGCUUUCUAAGACUUCCAUCGCUCUUCUGGCUUCGGCCGUUCUCGCCAACGGCGUGGUGGCUGUGGACCUUCACCACCGCCAUGCUCACCAGCACCUUCACGAGAAGAAGGCCGUCUAUUAUCUCAAGACGGAGAUCGAGGUCGUGACUGAGUGGGUCACCGUCACAUACGACCCAAAUGCUCCGGUUUCCAUGUUCGCUCCCGGCCAGCAUUCUGAGAAGGUUAUCUCUACCAGCUCUACUUCUACUUCCUCCUCUUCCUCUACCUCUUCCACAACUUCCACAACUCCCACUUCGACCUCGACUUCAUCCAUCUUCGUUGCCCCUGUGCCGACGACUUUGGUUACCAGCAGCGCAGCUCCAGCCCCAGCCGCCGAGACUCCUGAAAUUAACAUCCAGGUUGCGGCGUCGGUCGAGGUUGCUGUGACUACUCCUGCCGCUGCUGCCGUAGUCUCAACUCCGGCUGCUGAGGCUGAGCCUGCCACCACCACCACGGCAGCUGUUGCUGUUUCGAACAGCGGCAAGCGUGGCUUCGCCUACAAUGACGCUACCCUCGCAGCUCCUCUUCUGGGCGGCAAGGUCAAGUGGGGUUACAACUGGGGCCAGAGCCGUGAUGGCUUGGACGACGACUUGGAGUACGUUCCCAUGCUCUGGGGACCUGCCAGUGAUCAUUCGUCUACCUGGUCUGCCAAUGCCAAGAAGGCCAUCGCAGCAGGCUCGACCAAUCUCCUGAGCUUCAACGAGUGCGACAACAUUGGUCAGGCCAACAUCUCGCCUUCCCAGGCCGCUGCGGACCACAUCACCUACAUGAACCCGUUCUCAGGUCAGGCACGUAUCGGCUCCCCGGCUAUCACCAACAGCGGCGCCGACGGUGAAGGCAUCAGCUGGCUCAACUCCUGGAUCGAGGCUUGCAACGGCAAGUGCGCUUUCGACUUCUGCGCAUUCCACUGGUACAGCCCAGCUGAUCCCAAGGAGUUCCUUGAGCACGCCACCAAGGUUCACGAGGCUUGCGAUAACAAGCCCGUUUGGCUGACUGAGUUUGCGCCUUUCGGCGAUGACGACACGAUCAACGACUUCCUCCUCGAGGUCAUGGACCAGAUGGACAACAACGCCACCUACUCCUUCAUCGAGCGUUACUCCUUCUUCAUGCUGAGUGACGGCUCCCUCGUCAACGGUGGCGCGGCCAGCGUGUACGGCAAGUCGUAUGCCUUCUCUUGA